AUGUACGACAACGAUGCCUUCUACGCACACACACACACAAACACCAACCAACCAACCAACCAACCAACCAACCAACCAACCAACCAACCAACCAACCAACCAACCAACCAACCAACGACCAGUGGACAGGUGAUGCAAGCGAGCCAGGAUGGAUUGCACAGCUGGGAACGGCGGCGCGUGGCCAUUGAGGCCGAAGGUCUCAGGGAGGCGCAGCAGGUGAAGGCCAAGAUUCAGGAGCUUUGGCGCGCACUGGAGGCUGGGAGACCGAAGUGCAUCGACUCCUCUGCGGGGUCCACCCGGGUGGAGGAUGGCUCGAUGGACCUGGUCUUUGUGGAUGGCGACCACAGCUACGAAGGAGCCUCCCCUGAGACCCACCACCACCACCACCGCCGCCGCCACCACCACCACCACCACUGGGAUUGCUAUUGGGUCCUUAUUAUCCCAACCAUGGUCCAGCUGCGACCCAGCAUCUUCAAGCGCAGCGCAGAUGCUCGCAGCAGAUGGUUCUCUGCCUGGGGGCCGAGCUCUGGGGACGCCGGUGUGUUCAAACUGGAAUGGGUCUUCGCACUUUCAGCGGUGCGCUUCCUCCGCAUGGGGAAUCCUGGAAAGCUAGGCAUCCGCCCCGCGGUGGCCGCCCCGCAGGCUGCUCCCUUAGCUUUUGCGAGUGCGAACGACACUCCAGUGUACGUCGAAGAUGAGGACGAUCCUCCGCCGACAAAAGUGCCCCGCACGAUGCCCCGAGCCGUGUCCCGACCUGUGAUUUGGAGGCCACAGCCGCUGCCACUGAAACGGCCGUCCCAGGCCCAGGCUGUCCGGAUUCGCCCGGCCCAGGGAGGACACCAGCUGGCAGCGCCUGUUCAGCAUGAGGCGCCGUCAGAGCAGCCAUCCGAAGAGGGCACAUGGCCUGACAAUGAGGCGCCUGACGAUAGCAUGCCCACACCGUCGCAGCCCAGUCAACCAUCGGAGAGCCUGCCCACACCGUCGCAGCCCAGUCGACCAUCGGCAUGGAAGCGCCCGCGGACGGAGACGAAGCUCGAGUCGAUGGCAUCGACAGCUGCCUCGCCGGCCAUCGCGCCGUCCGUCGCGCCAGCGAAGUCUCACGCGCCACCCGCAGAGCGCUUCGUCGCAUCAGCAGGAGGCAGCUCGGUGCGGGGGUUCAUGACGCUGAAGAGCAUCUGCGGCACCUACGUUGCUUCGGAGACCAUGUGCUGCGGACGGAAGGUGUACCGAAGAGAAGCCAAGAGUUCCACCGAGGUUGACAUCAUCCUGUACUACUGGGAUGACUCCGAUGGCGAGAACUAUGCAGGCUGGUGGUUCGGUCGCGAGCUGGGAGGUCAACAGGUCUGGUCCCACAACGAGUCAGACAGCCAGACGCCCCCGCUCGAUGGCUGGAAGAUUCCCUGGGACGGGCCUGUGGAGGACUCUCUGAGAGUACAGCCGGAGUCGGAGAAGCAAGAAACAGAAGCCAGGAUAACACUGGAAGCCUUGAAGAAUGAGUCAAAGCCACUCAUUCUCAGAGUGAGGCAAGUGCAGGAGAAAGCCAGGCUAGCCAGCAAGCGUGCCCGAGUCGACGAGAUCCAAAAAGCAACGGCCGAUCUUCAACAGACGGCGGAGGACAUGAAGGAGAUGUUGGGCCGAGCUGGGUCGAUCCCAGUUCCGCGGCAGAAGUUGGACAGCAUCAGCAUCUUAGAGGAGUUGCAGGACUUCCAAAACCGUCUCGCAGAGAGUUCCCGUCGGCUGGACACGGAGAUCAGCAACCUCAUCAAGCAACAGCAGGAGAUUGAGGAUGCUGCCCUUCGGCACGAGGAGGAACAGGAAACGCAGAUGCUCCUGCCAGAGUUCCUCUCCGCCACACUCACGCUGGCGAACGAGGCGGAAGAUCUGGUGGAGAAAGCUGCGAUCACGAAGGCCAUGGUAACCAGCUGCGAGGACGAUGCCGAGUCAGCGUCACAGGCGCUCGAGCAGCUUCAGCAGGCCGUGGCCGCGGCGCAGCACAGCCUGGACUCGGCGAAGACGGCGCUCCAGGCCAGAGAUACCGAAGUCGAGGAUCUACCGCCCUUCGCGCAGCCAGAGGCGCGCGAGGAACUGCAGAGGAUCCGAAAGCAGGUCCAAGAGGCCCAGGUCCAGCUGCAGCCGCUGAAGACGGCGCGCCAAGAUUGGGAUCGAAGGCGGACGUGCCAAAAGGUCAUCACGCAGGUGGAGCAAAAGCUCGUGCUCGCGGAGGUGGAGGCCGAGCAGACAGGGGUCAUCUUGCAGGACAUCAGCGACGCAAAUGCCAUCACCCAGGAGUUGGUGGGUGACGCCAAGAAGGCCGUCCGUUCCGUGGAGCGCGCAGUCACAGCUGCCUCCAGCCACCUGAACUCGCGCAAGGCGCUGCUUCAGAACACUCCCCUCGGACAGCAGGCACUGGAAACGCUGCAGCCGCGUCUCGAGGCGGUUCAGUCGCGGCAGUGCACGCUUGAAGAGCAGCUCAGAAACUUGGAGGACAGGUUCUUGACAAGCGGAUACCUGGCAGAGGCACGCUGCAAGCUGCAAGCAAUUGCGGAAGCCCUGCAGAGAUUGGAGGCGGUACAUGCGUCGUUGGAAAGUGAGGAGGACCAAGCGGAGGCCCUGAAGUCUCUGCAAGCUUCGGAGACCAUUGCCGCGAAGGUGCAGCAGGAUGUUUCUGUGGCUGCUGUCUUCUUGCAGAUGAAGAUGCUGGAAGUUAAGCGACUCACCACGGAAGCCGGGGAGGCUGCAGACAAGCUGUUCCAGGACCUCCAGCAGCAGCUUACCCAGCUGAAGGAGCAGCGCGAGCAGCUGAUGGCCAAGAUCGCGCAGCGCAGGGCGCUUGUGUUGCUGAAAGAUGCUGAGAAGCAGGUGGCGUAUGUGGAGUCCGCCGCGGAAGACAUGGCUGCGUCGCGUCAGCAGUGGGCCGGUGACGACUGCGUCUUAUCUCCUGCUGAGCUGAGUCAGGCGACGGCCCACACCAUGACCCUGGAGAAGGCCGUCAACAAAGCCUUGGCGGAGGCUCGCAAGCUCCUGGCGUGCCGGCAGAUCGACGCCAGAAGUAAGGGCAACAUGCCUUCCAUGGCGACUGCCCUCACAGAGCUUCAAGCAAGGCUUGCCAAGGUGCAGACCGACGUGUCCGACCAGCGCAAGCUGUACUCAUCGGUGGAGCAAAGGGCUGCUCAGCAGCGGCUGGUGGCUGAAGUGAAGGAGAAGCUGUCGGAGCUUGAAGGAAAGCUCGUGGAAAACGAGAUCAUUGCUUCCAAGCUCGACAAGACCUUCGACAUCAAGUCCGCACUCAUUGAGAAGUCCGAGGACGUCGCAGCGCAGGUCAAGUGCGCCGAAGUGGCCACACAGGAGGUGCAUGUCGCUUUGCGUGGUCUACUGCGCCAGCUGGAGUCUCGUGGCGUAACGACCGGCGCUGCGAUGCAGCAGCUGAGGUCUGCUGAGCAGCGAGCACAGCAAACUCAGAAUAAGCUCAAGGAGCAUUCGGAAGCCUUCUUCGUCCAUCGCAUCCUCCAGGACGCGGAGCAGAAGAAGGCAGAGUGCGCCGCGGCCUUCGACAAGGCAUCGAAGCGCCCGUGGACGGAGACGAACCUCGAGGCGCCGGAGGUCGGCCGCUUGCUCACGGAAUGGGAGAAGGCGAUCCAGACCGCAAUUGUGCUGGCCUCAAGUGCCAAGACAGACGUCGCCAUGAAGCGCCUUGCGCUGAAGAGAAUCACCUCUGAAAACGGUGCCAAGGGUCUCGAGGCCCUGAAUGGCGCCGCGGGCGAGGUCGAAGGCCUUGGCAAACGCUUGACGAAGCUCCGGACGAAAGUCCUUGAGGAAAGGCGGGCACUCUUUCAAAGGCCCAGAGAGGCCCUAGCUUGA